AUGACACCGAGUGGAAACCAGACCACGACCUACAUUUUCUGCAUCACCACCGUGCUCACCAUGACCACCAUCAGCACGGGCGUCCGCUCCUCCCUCCCUCGCAUCUCCUACGUCAAGGCCAUAGACAUCUACCUCGUCAUGUGCUUCGUGUUCGUGUUCGCGGCGCUGCUGGAGUACGCGGCGGUGAACUACACGUACUGGGGCCAGAGGGCGAAGAAGAAGACGAAGAAGAUGAAGGAGAGCAACGGGCAGAACAAGCAGCAGCCGCCCCACCCGCCGCCGCCGCCCCCGAUCAAGGUGGACGGCUUCACGCCCAACGAGGAGAUCAUCGAGUUGCAGGAUAUCAGGAUGUCGCCCAUUCCUUCGAUAAGGCAGCGCCACAACUCCAAGUUCUUCUCGAGCGAGGGCUCCCUGCAGGACCUCAAGUUCCCGCCCUCCUUCCGCAUCAACCGCAACUACUCCUUCCCGACCCGGUCGAGCAUCCACGCCCCCAAGGGACCCAGCCGGAAGCGCGUCAUCUCCACGCUGAAGAAGGGCGCCUCUGCCAUCAAGGGCGCCAUGCCCGUGAUCAAGGACGUGAACGUGAUCGACAAGUACUCGCGGGUCGUGUUCCCUCUCUCCUUCAUCUUCUUUAACACAGUUUACUGGUGCUUUUACCUCCUCUAAGAACCGGGGACGAAGGGGAGAAGAGGAAGAAAGAAUUGGUGAAAUAUAUUUUAAAAAGCAGAUAGAGAGAGAGACAGAAGGGAAAUAUUUGGAUACAAAAUGUUAUAAGGAAGUAGAGAUGGAGGAAAGAAUUGGAAAAAAAUUAUAAGAAAACAGAGAGAGGGAGGAAAGAAUUGGAAAAUUAUAUUUUAAAAGCAGAAAGAGAGAAAGAGAGAGAGAGGAAGAAAGGAAGGAUGAGGAAGGAAAAAUAUGAGAGGGGGAUAAAAAAAAAUUGACCCGUGUUUUUGAAUUCCUCCAUUUCCCUAUUUAUCAUAAUUCUCUUCGUUUCUUUUUUGUUUUUUUUUCUCGCUUUUUCCCUUCUUCGGACUGGUCGGUUCAUAGAUCGUGUGUGUUCGUGUGAAGGAAAUUACUGUACUUGAUAAUUACGUACAGACAAUGUGCUGUGCAUGUAUAUAUCUAUAUCUAUAAUUAUAUCUAUGUCUGUUUAUCUAUCUAUAUGCAUCGAUAGAUCUCCAUAUAGAUGGACAGAUAGAGACAUGCAUAGAUAUACACACGCACGCAUAUAAAUCCCGUUAUAUAUAAACAUAUAUUCCUAACCUUAUUUCCCGCUUCACUGCUCCCCACUCCUCCCCAUCCCCCCCCCCCAUCCA